AUGCACUCCGAUACAAGAUUAGUAUUCCUUAUUAGUAUUAUCUUCAACGGUUUUACACCAUAUUUUUGUCAAUAUUCUGAUCAUGAAAGUUAUUUGUCCUUAAUUGAGUUUAAUCGAGGUGGUAGCGCAACCAAUCUGAUCUUAUCAUCGCCACAUGGCGGUUUUCUCGGUGCGAAUUCAACUAUCAAAAGCGCAGGAAAAUCUUUUCGAGGCGAAACAAUCAGCACCAAACUAGAACAAUUACCCGUAGCAGGCUGCUACAAUGAUACUUUAGAUCGAUGCGUAUAUACAAUACAAGAUUGCUUGAAGCACGAUGGAACGAAAGUAUUUCAUCGUUCUGAUGCACGAUGCUUGACAAAUCGUGGGUCAAGUCUAUCAAUGUAUUUAUUGACAAAAGCUAUUUCGGAAGCAAUCGCGUUACCUUAUCGUCCAUAUACAAUUUUGAACAAGCUAGCUCGACAAUAUGUUGAUCCGGCUGAAGAUUUACUUAUCGGAACAUUCUUAAUUGAAAGUGCUACACGUGUUUAUAGCGAUUAUCAUCGUUUGAUUGCUAUGGCUAAAGAAGCGAUUCGUGCGCCAUUGCGAGGUCUUUUCAUCGAAUUAAUCUUUCAUCAACACUCACAAACCGUACAGCUUGGCUAUGGUUACGAUCCAUUACGUUCAUCUGUUGUUAACAAACCCACUCAAUCGACAAUAAAUGAGCUUGUCUCACGGUCUGGACCUAGUAUUAUUUUAGGAAACAACUCUUUUGGCUAUUUCUUACGUCUCAAUGGCUUUCCGCAUAUUAUUCCAUUGGAACAAGCACAACAACAAAGACAAAAUAGUUAUCGUGUAUCUACGUAUUCAACUCGAAUGCAUGCCGAUCAGCGAUUCAAUGCACUCGUUCUUUCUUAUCCAAUUGAACGUUUACGAACGAAUUCGAUUCAAUUAGAAGCCAAGCGUAUCGCCAAAGCAAUCGAACAAUUCAUGCUAAAAAAUAAUAUUAAAUCUCUUUCGUCCUCUUCUUCUUCUACAUUAUUUCGAUCAUACACUGUUACGUACAAUCUUUUCUUAUUUUGUAUAUUUAGUUUAUUAACUGAAAUAAAUAGACAUUAUUGA